AUGGCAUUGCUUCCAAGGUUUUUGGUGCUCAACUCCUCCUGGAACGACAGAUACUUGAGCUUAAUGAAGGAUGUUCCCGCAGGGUUCCUGAAAUCAGAUGGAAAACAAGUUGUGAGCCCGCAGGCAAAGUUUGAAAUGGAGAUCGCAGAGACUGGGAAUGGACUGGUGCACAUAAGAUGCUGCUACAACAAUAGGUACUGGGUGGCGAACGAGAUUGCGGGGGACGAUACACUUUGGAUUGUUGCGUCCGCCGAAAAACGAGAGGAAGACCGAUCAAAAACCUCCUGCACCUUGUUCGAGCCAAUCUUUGAAGGCGAAAAACAAGUCCGAUUUCGCCACGUCAGACUCCAGAAGUUCGCAUCCUUGUGGAAGAGCAAUACAACUGGUCCGUUCCUAAAUGCCUUGUACCUAGGAGCAGGCGAUGUUUUCAAAGUCGUUGACUGGGAAGCGCUGGUGAUACUUCCCUCACGAGUCACCUUCAAAUCCGAAGAAAAUGGCAAUUACCUCUGUUCCCGCUGGAUCGAAGGAUACCCAUAUCAGAUGUUCGAGUCCAACUUAAAUGUUGGAGAUCCACUGGUGGCCAAGGAGUUGUUCGUCACUGCUGAAGGAAACCUUCGUAUAAAGGACGGGCACUAUGCCAAAUUCUGGAGGCGUAGCCCUAAUUGGAUCUGGGCUGACGCGGAAGAAAAUAACUACUCCAACGACACCUUGUUUUGGCCUGUCAAAGUCGGCGACAAUGUCAUCGCUCUUCGCAAUUUGGGUAACAACCAUUUUUGUGGUGGACUCACCACCGAGGGAAAAACCAACUGUUUGAACGCCCAGUACCCAGCUAUCUCUCAACAGCCAAGGUUGGUGGUGGAAGAGCUUGUUCUUUCAAGGAACAUCUACGAUAUCAACUUUCGACUCUCUGACUCCAGGAUCUAUCAGGAGCAGAUCAUAGAAAUGGACACAGCUAUGGCAGUUAACGACAGUCCAGACAGAGACUCCACAAUCACCCUCAAGUUUUCGAGAAAAGAUGCCAGGGUCAGUAGUUGGAAUGGCAGCGUGUCAUUAAAGUUGGGUGUCAAAACAACCAUCCAAGUGAGUGCUAUUCCACUGAUUGUUGAAGGAAAGAUCGAACUAUCGGCUGAGUUCACCGGAGGAUACCAGUGGGGAGAAACUACCACAGUUGAGAAUAUCAGGGAGGUCAGUUACACAGUUGUUGUGCCACCUUUAACUAUGAUGAAGGUGAGUCUCGUAGCUUCACAAGCUUCAUGCGAUGUGCCUUUCUCCUACACUCAGAGAGACCUUCUCCCUGAAGGUCAAAUCAAUACAAAAACCAUGGAUGAUGGCCUUUUCACCGGCAUCAAUGCCUACAAAUUCGACUACCAGUCCACAAAGAUGAAAGGAUGA